AGUCAAUAGUUUGGUCAUGGAAGGAAGUAAGCAGUCAAGAGCUUCACAACAUCACCAUGGUAACUCCUCCAGAUGAAGAGAAUGCUUCCAGCAGCAUCCUGACAUCGUCCCUUGUUCCAGAGUCUGAGGGAGGCUUCACCAGUGGACCAAUGCAGGCAUUGGGUAGCUACUCACACACCUGGGAGCAGGCAGGGACAUUCUAUGUCAGAUCUAAGGGAGCCAGGAAUAGUGUAGGAUGUGUCCGGGUAUGGGAUUCAGAUACAUUCACCACUACCCCUUCACCAACAUGUGUAGACAGUACUGGUGGGGUUGUUCAGAGGGGACAUCGGAUUGACCUGACCUCUAGCCAAUCAGAUACUACAAUCUAUUACACCCUAGAUGGUUCCAUCCCGGAGCCAAACGGGUCAACAACAAGGGUGUUGAAAGCUGACCAAGGUAUCAUCUUAAAACGAUCUGGCCUUCACAUCUUGAGAGCGAUAUCCCAUAGUGAUCAUGCACUACCAAGUGAGAUAUUCACAUCAGGGAGAUAUUGGGUUUUAGAAGGAACAGAUGGAGAGUCUGAGAAUGAUGACAAUGAUGCUGCUUCUAUAGCAACAGAGGAAUUUGAAGAACAGCAGCUUCAGGAAACCCAUGGUCCAACCAGCCUUUGGCAAUGGCUGCAGUGUAUACCUGUUAUCAAAGGAUGGAAACGCAACUCUCAUACAGUUGAGCUUUACUGGGAAUUACCUGAAGCACGCUACAGACAUUUAGUGGAAGCUUACCAUAUCUAUAUCAAUGGUGUCUGCUAUCAUAACAACCUGGUGCCUCCAUGCCAGAGUAUUGGAAUCAGUGGUUUUGUGGGUGGAGCCUCCUACAUAAUUUCUGUUGUUGCCAUGCCAACCAUGUCUUCAUUCUUGCCACAUGAGUCCAUGAAAUUGAUGUUUGAUUGUCCUGCUGUUUGUGAACAUGGUGGUCCAGUUCUCUCCAGUGAGAUCACUGAGGUCAAAGGUCAGCUACCAAUCAUCUGGAUCCCUCUCUCAAUGCAUGAACUCAAGUAUCAACUCUAUGUUAGUGGCAUGCAGUAUGGAGAGGAGGUUAUUCCCAAGAAUGGAGAGAAUCAGUGCAGGCUAACAAUCACAGAUUAUGCAUCAGAAGAGCCUCUCAAAAUACACUUGUUAGCACUCCCAAGGCAGUCAGAUGAAGCCUCAGAAGAGCAGAGUAUAUUGCUCUCUAAUGAUCUUGAUAUCAGUUUACCUCUCAAUGUGGAUUCUAUAACUAUUCCAAAGUCAAGGAAAUUAGAAGGAUUACCCUACCUCCAAAUAUUUGAAGGAUCACUCAAGCCUCCAGGUCCAGAUGUUAUACUCCUCCCUGAAGUUCAACCAGAGCCUUCGGAAUCCAUAAAGGAAGAAGGAGAGCCCCCUCUAGAAUCCAAUCCAACAACAGAAGUUGCUGCUACCACCUCUACACUCACUCCUGCAAAAGUUAAGAUGGAUAUUAGUAGUGAGGAAUUAAAGACCUCUGAUGAGACCCCAAGCCAACCAGAUAGCAUCACCACUCCAGGUACUGGUAACGAAUUAACAAACACAGACGAGCAACCAGAGGUAGGGUAUGAUCAUGUUUCCCCUCCUGCAUACACUGCUGCAUGUGACCUUCCCGCUGCCGACCCCAGCAGCAUGCCUCCUAGCAUCCUGCAUGAAACGUCUCCUGCAUCCAAUGUUGAUACUGCCCCAGAGAUGGAUGAACCUGAAGGAAUUCCUGUAGAGAUAAGCAAGAUCCCUCCACCUCCCGUUUAUCAAGAUAACCUUGAUGAAGAGCCAACAUCCAAAGAAGUUUCCUCAUUAGUUGAAAGAGGAGUUCCUCAGAUGGGCGAGAGUAUCAUUGAAGGGGAUCUCUAUCCUCCUCCGUCGAUCAGUGACCUCAGAGAGUUGUCGGAUGCAAUGGGCAAGAUAUCUCCUGAAGAAGAGCAACAGGAUGAUGAGCAUGCGGCAAUCAAUAACAAUGCUGAUGUAGCAACCACCUCUUCUGAUAGACACCUGGAGGUUGUGAUCAAUCCAGCACAACCGGAAGAUUUGUUGAACAGAAAUUAUGAUGAAGGUAGUAUUGAUGUAAAUAAUGAUCAUAAUUCCAAAGAAAUUUUAAAUGAACAUCUUCCAGAAGAAAACCAAUAUAAAGAAAGUCUUCCAAAAGAAAAUCUUACCAGAGACAGUCUUGCCAUAGAAAACCAGAGUCAUGGUACUGACAAUGAUGACAUAAACAGAAGUCUUCCAGAUGAUGAUACCUAUACAGGAACAUUAUCCAAUCAAGAAGGAAAGGUAGCACUGAAUGGAGACAUUGAUGCUGAACCUGAUCAAGAAAGCCAUGUGGAUGUGGAUUUGCAAUUUGCACAUUCAGGUGAUCAUGAAGGAGAACCCAAUAAUGUUGCUGAAUCAAAAGACAGUGAUGCUAGAGCGGAUUUGGCAGAGCAAAGUGACAAAGAUGAUGGACAAGAAAAAUCUGAAAUAACAGCAGGUGACUUUACGGGAAGAGUAGGGGAAGAGAAAUUUCUCAAGGGUUCGCAUGAGCCAGAUGAAGAUCAGAACAGAGAUAUUGAAAAUCACAAUGAAGGAGAUGAGACAAAAGAUAUUGAAGAAAAAUACUUAAAUCAAUUAUCAAUUGAGACUACAACAAGUCCUCCUCCAAUUGUACCUCGGUCAUCACAUGAAUCAAUGUCACCAGAUGAGCAGCACAAUGGAGAAAGAGAAGAUCAAGAUCAAUUAGAACAAAGAAUUGAUGAUAGAGAUAAAGGAAGUGAUAGGAAUGACAUUGAGUAUGGAAACCAAAUCUCCAAGGAGACUACAUUGAGUGAGGACAGCCCUCAUGGUCAUGUGGAGAGAAUUGAUGAAAGUGAGAAGGAAGACAGACAUGAUGGAGCUAAUGAUGACAGAGGAGAUGAACUAUUGGCUUCCAGAGACCACCAAGAUGCAUCAAAUCCUACUGAUGAGAAGGAUGAGGGACACAAUAGAGAUGAAACAGAUGACCAGGACUUAUUAACCCUUGAUCACACUGAAUGUUCCUCAGACACUCUUCAGUCCCCAACCUCCCUGUCCACUGCUUUGCAUGAUGAAAAUCACAAUGUUAUUGACAAGUCUAGCAAUGCACUUGCACAGCAUGCUUUAGAUCAGAAUGUAGAUACCCAGACUAGAACUUGCAAGGACAUUGAUGAAACCCACCUGAAGAAUAAGGACAUGUUUGGUCCAAAGUUGAAAGCAAUUAAAAGUUCUGCCAAUGUUCCAGAGCUGUUUGUUCACUGGUAUUCUCCUUCACAAGAUGCCAAGGGAUUAGGAGAAGGUGCGGUUAAACCACAUCCUUCUCUUCAGCAUUAUAUGGUUUGUGUUGAAGGAACAGAGUUUGUGGAUCAGGAAGUCAACAGUCAUUCCAGACAAGACGUGAAAUCUGAUGAUGGUGUCAUUUCCAUAAGACACCAAUGGAAUGCUGGUAGAGGUGUGCAACUUGUCCUUAAUAAAGGACUUUGUGAAAGCACAAGAUACAAAGUGACUGUUGUUGCAGUGUACAAGCAAAGUGACAAAAAGAAGAAAACUAUCAAGAUGACUUCUCCAUCAUCAUGGAUCCUCACUGGAGGGUGUCCAAAGCCUCCAAAACUUUCUCUAACUUCAGUUGGUGUGCAUGAGGUCACCAUUGCUUGGGAACCAGGUUGUUGUCAUGAGGAUAUUGAGGUCAAAGGUUAUGCCCUCCUGAAAAAUAAUAAAUCAUCAGGAGAAACUAUUCCAUAUGGACUCACCGAGAAGAUCAUCAGAGAUUUCAAACCUGGAUCUAAAUGUACUCUUAGUUUGUCCACUGUGGUAGCCAAUGGAGGUACACGGAGAUUGUCGAACAGCAUCACAAUCAUCUGUCCUCGGAUACCUGAUCCACCAACAAUCAGUCUCAAACAGUCUAGUAGUCUCUAUUCAGCCACCAUCACAUGGCCAAAACAAAAAUCCAAAUAUCUGUGUGGAUACAUUAUAUAUGUGAAUGGUAAAGAGCAUGCUGAGGUAUCUUUGAAUGAGAUGGAAAGAUUAUCUCAAUGUGAAUACACUCUUGAUGAUCUAGUGGAAGGAGAAACAUUUGAUAUCUACAUCAAGGCAUGUUCUGGUUCAAAGUCUCAGUCCUUGGACCACUCCUCAAACAAGGUUGUGUGUAGGACUAUGAGUGGGAGGAGCAAUCAGCUGUCAAUUAGAGCCAAGACUCCACCCACUUCACCAUUAUUACGCCUUGAGGGGAUGCACCCUGGAGGGAUUGAUGUCAUGUGGGAGGGGCAUGAGCAGGAAGAGGGCACUAACCUAACGGGUUAUCUUGUCUUGAAAGAUGGUAUUCCAUAUGGAUCAUUGAUGAAUGUGGAUGUGACUCGGUGCACCGUGGGACGCAUCAAGCCUGGAGUUACUGUUGAGCUUCAAAUCAUGGCUGUCUCUAAUGAUAUUCUAGAACCAGGAGGAGAUGACUUGUUGAGGCAGUACCCAACCUGUGAGCCAGGCCCCUCCCUCAAAGUGAAGUUUACAGGUCUAUUGGCCCCACCAAGUAAAGUAUGGACUGAGCUUGUCACUGGACACUCGAUGCUUGUAGUCUGGCAUAGGGGUAAGAAGUCCAACAAGGAUCAUUUCACAGACCCUGAUGCCUUUAUGGUGAGAUGGUGGAAAGUGGGCAAGGGAGAGCCUAAUAUGCAUACUAUGGAAACACAGGAGGACAAUCUCCAUAUUGAAGAAUUAGAGCCAGGGUCAACAUACUUUAUUGUGGUAGAAGCACGGAAAUGGGAUACACAUUAUGACGAAGAUGAUGCAGAUAUGUUAGGUGAGGAUGCGCCCGGACAAACUUACCUGGUGACUGCGGCAUCCAAGCCAAUCACUGCCAAGACAGCUCGACCUCCUGACCCACCAUCUGACCUCAAGGUGACCUCUACCGGACCUAAGACACUGGAGGUUAGGUGGACAACAGCAAGGGAACACGGCAGCGAAAUUCUUGGACUCAGAUUAUAUGUGACACUUGCCGAGGAUAUAGAUGAUACAACUACAAUAAAAUGCAUAGAUCUUCUUCCUGAUGCAACUGGAGCCAAAGUGACAGACCUCGAGCAAGGCAAAGACUAUGUCCUCCACCUCCUCACAAUCACUGAUGACUUCUUUGAUCAGCUUCCAUCAUCACAUUCGUUACGCAAGGAGCGUGAUCUACCAAGAAUUUGGGCGGAUGUUGAGAAGGAGGUGGAGUCUCCCUGGCUGCCGUAUGUUGCCAUUGGUGCAAGGACACAUGGUAAUACCCCUCCCACGGGGCUGGUGUGUACAGACACUGGGGAUGACUGGAUAGGGGUGGGAUGGCGGCCACCAAGCUGGGGUGGAUUCUUUGUUGAAAGUUCCAUGGUGGAGUGGGAAGAUAUCAGUGGGGAUGGGAAUGUCCCGGAAGACUUGCAAGAGGGUAGCGUGGAGGUUGGACCCAAGAAGACUCACACCAAGCUACAUAACCUUAUCCCUGGGAGAACAUACGAGAUACAGGUCAAAGCUUAUAUGAAACGUGAUCCUUCAGCAAAAUCCAAACCCAAACAUAGCAAGAAGAACGCCAGGAUGAACAUGAUUCUUGAAUCUGAUCCAAUCUCAGUGAGACUACCUUGCCAUGUCUCUCCACCCAACUUGAGAAUAGCAGGAUUUAGCUCAUAUCACCUUGAUAUUAGAUGGAACAAACCUCGACUUUUAGUACAACCUGGAUCUCUUGAUCCUGAUAACCAGCCCCUUUCGAGACCUGUGAAACUCACUCUCCUUGGUUAUCGUUUAGUUGUGGAAGGCAAUGCCCCAAUCUUUCUCUCAUCUGACACUACCCGCUACACUCUGACCCAGAUAAAAGGGGGGAGAACACUGAAGGUGCAUCUUGUUGCUGUGACGACCCCUAAGAAAGUGACGAUGCAAGGAUUGAAGAGGAAAGAGCAAAAUAAAGAUGUGACCAUUGAGAAAAGGACUGCAUCUAUUCUCAAGAACAUCGGUGACAACAAGGACGAGACUGCCUCAAGGACGCUGUAUGUAACUGUUCCCAAAAGCCAAUCUGGGAAUAUUGUGUCUUGUACGUGCACAUACAAGCAUGAGAGGAAAUUGUUUAGAGGCGAUGAAGAUGAUGACAGAGAGAAGCGAGAUAAGGAACAGCUUGGUUACAUCAAUGUCCAGUGGAGUCUCCUCGACUGUGGGAAUGCAGAAGAACAGGGCAUACUGGGAUACGAUGUGAGCUGGAUGUGCGAUGUUGAUGGCAAAGAGCAUGUGGCUAAUGUGUCAAAGUUCAAAACCAGUCAUGAGAUACCAGUCUUCAAUUUAGGAUGUAUGUAUGAUAUCAGUGUCCAACCUGUAAAAGACGAGGACAUCUGGCAAGAUUUGAAUAGUCCCAGCAUCCUUUGUGAGAUUCCAGGAUCACCAGCCCCACCAACGCUCUACUGCGUUUCCAUGACAACCUCUGAAUUCAUCUUGGAAUGGACAGAGCCAAGAACCUUUGGUGAUGUUGGAGUCAGGGGAUAUCAGGUGUAUAUGAAUGGAAGGCAGAUUGGUCAAGUUCUCAGUUCAAGUCACUUUAAAGCAGCAGUGCCAUGCAGACCUAAUCGGAUUUACCUGCUUGGUAUAUGUGCCCUGAGUGAUGAUCCAAACUACUGUGACUCCGCCCAUGACCAAAACCUGAGAGUCUGCACACCUGAUACCGACUCCGACCCUCUCAACAGCAAAGGAGUGUCCCUUCUUGAGUCUCUUACUGGAUCCCAACAUCAGCAGAGUAGAGGUCGUAGGAGUAGGAAAGCAUCCACUUCAAAGCUUGUUCCAGAAGACAUUGAGUUAAAGCUUGCAUCUGUUACCUCUCAUACCAUUGGGAUCUGCUGGGAUUUCCUUCGCUCAGAGAGUGUAAGCAAGGUACAGAGAUUACAAGUUAACUGGAGCAGUGUAGCCAAACCAAAGCAAAUUGAGACCCUCUUGAGUCCAACAGCUACGGCUUUCACCAUCAAGAACUGUAACCCUGGAACCAAUCACUUCAUUACCAUCAUAGGCCUUGACAAAGAUGAUCAUAAGGUGUGUCGUUCCAAGCAACUCAUAGUACAGACAACAUCACAGAUAAGCACACCACAGCUCUAUGUCAGCUCAACAUCCUUCAAAGGGAUCACACUGAAGUGGGAGAAACCACAAGCUUUUGGAGGAGCAAAGAUCUCUGGAUACAGACUGAAGGUCAAUGGUCAACAGACAGCAACACUGACUUCCAAUACAACCACAUACACCUACAAACAUGGAAAGAUGUGUCAGAUGUAUGCUUUCAGUCUACAGGCUACAUGCAGCAGCCCUCAUCUUAAUAGUGCAUUCUCUGACCCUGUCGAAGUGGCCUGUCCAGGGGUCAUUGUCCCUGACCCUCAAAGAAUGGCAACUGCAAAGGUCAACUCACUCAUUGUCGGCUGGUCAGAACCCGAGCUGCUAGGUGGGGCAGAGAUCAAACACUACAAGGUAUUGUUAAUGACUGACCAACCUACCCAUUACAAGCACUCUCACUAUCAGAACCACCCCCUCAAGACCAGCUCCGCCCUGCCACCAGGUACCAACUCCACUGAAUUCACCGGUCUCCUGGCCCAUGUCACCUAUUCUAUCUACCUUGAUGUCUACUUGGAAGGGCUAGUGAAACCAGUCCGAUCCAAGCCAUUGAUGGCUGAGGUAGCCCGAAGACCACCAGCUCCUCGGUUAAGGAUGAGUGUAGUAGGAGCAGAGGAGAGGAAGCAGUUAGAUGAUGAUGCUUGUGGAAUGAUGGAGGAUAGAGACAGAUUGCUUCAAGAGUUAUUCAGUCUUGAACAUGAUCUUGAGGAGAACUUUCUUGUUGAUGUCCAAUACCAAGAUGAUUUAUUAGCCAGGGUGUCUGAGGUUUCAUCAUUCCUGGCUGAAAUUGAGACUAGUCUGGAUAACUGUUUGGAAAGGAUGAAAGAGUAUACAGGAACCAUUAGUAUAGCUUUGUCCUGGGACUCUGUACCUGAUGAUGGUGAUGCUGUGGUAUCAGGUUAUAAGGUGUUAGUCAAUGGAGAACAGUAUGGAUUCGUCCUACAUUCACAAGUCUGUGAAACAGAAAUAAAGUUAAGUGCCUAUAAAGGUACCCAUAGACUCAACCUGGUUGCCAUGACAGAUCAUCCUGUUGGACACAGUGACCUGUCAGAGGUCGUCACCGUGGAUACCAGUCCAUACCGUCCAUUCGUUGCUUACUGUCUCAACAGUGUCCACAAGCAAGGAGUCAAGUAUCCCAAUACAGGAUGCUGUUCAUUUCAAGAGACGCUUCAUCCCGAAACACACCCAGACUUCUCUCACCUUCCUAGCCUUCACCAGCAUCUCCCUACCCGGCGUGUCCCUGCACCUUCCGUCACUGUCUUUGACCAGAGCCAGGGAACCUACAGGCUCCUUGUACCUUCCAAGCUGUCUAACAAGAAGCCCAUCGUCAUCUUGUUCUGGACACACUGGUGUUUGGCAUCGCAAGCAAUAAUGGAACAUUUUGUGAAUUAUGCCAAAAGGAGAUCAAACAAGCUGGUUUGUAUUGGUAUGUGUUGUGAGAGUGGAGAGGAUACUGACACCCAUCGUGAUACCAUGAACAGACUCCUUACUGGCCGGGGUUGGAAGAAGGAUGCGUCCCUUCAACAUUGCUGCUGCUGCUCAGAGAUAGAAGCAGAUGGAACCAAAAUGGUUGCCAACAGAUCACUCAACACUGGCCAUUCACUAGUGCAGUUUGCUACUGAGAAGAAAAGCUCAGAUGCUUUAUCAGCUGUCAGUGAUCAUGUUCCAGAAUUAUUUGGUGUCAUGGCUGUUCCUACAGUGAUUGUCAUCCACCCAGAAGGUUACUUGGGAUGGAAGAGUUGUUUUGCUGUAACUGAUCGAUCUGCAUUUAUAUCUGCCCUUGACUCUGGUAUUAUCAACAUGCUAAGAUCUAACCCAUCUAAUUUUACUGGUCUAACCUUGUCAGAAUCAGCCAGUUUUUCAGAUAAUGCAUCACAGGAGAGUCCACGUCCACCAACACCAGGAGGUCUUCACAAGAAACCAGGUUCUGCAUGGAAUGGAGGACCCGGAUCAAGUCAAGCAUCUGGCACAAUAGGUGAUGCUAGGUUUGGGUUGGGAGCUGCGAAACCAAGGACCCCAUCUAUAGUCAGUCCUCAGCUGAGACACUUUGUCCUGAAGAAAAAGCAGAAGCCAGAACCUGAGGAAAAGAAUUUGAUAAGUAUCGACACAAGACCUUAUUCUGCCAAAGUGAAGACUGGCAAGGGUAAGGUCAGACCCAAUUCAUCUGUGACAAUUUAAGAGUUGAAGAUGAGGAAACAAAGGUGAUCAGUAUAGACACCAGUCAUUACCCUGCUGAUGUAAAGAUGGGCUUGGACAAAAUGCGUCUUAAUUCAUCGGUAACACUCUUAGACUGAAGAAGAACCAAUGGGGGGGGGGUUGAUAAGUCUUGACACAGCAGACACAGCACUUCGAAUGAAAGUGUUGAUAUUUGAUUGAGACCGAAUUCAUCUGAAAAUCAAAGUCGACAUCAGACCUUGAACAACGUUGACACCUGCUGUCAUUUUCAUAAAGAUUUACAAUUAUUGUACUUUGCCGUUACAGCAACUGCCAUGGUAAUGGGGCUCAGCAGCCCAUCACAGACAAGGUUUCCAUGGAAGCUACAUUAAUGGCAAAUGUGCAAUAGUUGUACUCUACUUGUGUAAAGACAAACAAAUACAUUGUGAUUCCUAAUUCAUCUCUGAUGAUCUAAGAACAGGGGAUUGUUUCAGAAUGAGUUUUUUAAGUUUGAACUUAAGUCAUGAUUUAGUACUGCACCCAUGAUAUUUCACACACAGUCUCAUUGAAUAAUAUGCAAUAACGCACAUCCGCAGAGCAUGAGCUUUCCAAUGCCAGGAUGCAUCUAAUAACAUACGCAAUUCAAAAUUUAAGUGCGACUUUAAGUCAUACUUUUCAAAUCUUUCAAAUCUUUUUUUCAACGACCCCAGAACAUGAAAAGCAUUGAUCUUAGGCACUGUUCAUAGGUGAAUUGAUAUGAAUGUUGGGUCAUACAUUCUCAAUAAAUCAUUUGUUUUAAUCUACUUCAUCAAUAUUAUGAAAAAUUAAAUAGCCUGUAUUAUGAAGUGCUUUUUCUUGUAAAAGAAAGAAAUCUAAGUGCAUCCGGAGAUCAAAUGAAAAUGGAUUAAGUUCAUGGUAAAAAGACUUGAGAUUCUGCUUUAUGUGGAAUGGUAGCUACAGCUUUUCAUACAGGGUCAGAAAUAACGGCUGAAAUGUGAGUUUCUUUAUGAAAAUUACAAGUAGUUACAAGUAGAAUUUCAUUUUUGUAUAUUUUUUGUAUAUUGGAUCUUUACUGUUUCCAUAACUCUUACAAGUAUGAAUGAGGAACUGAUGAUAUCACUCACUUAUUAUUUCUUUUGUAUUUUAUUAUAUGAAAUAUAUUUAUUUUCUCGUC